AAUGCCUAUAUAUCCAUGCCAGAUGGCAUGCAGAUCUGCCCUGGCAUUGGGUUGUGGCAUGUUCAUGGCCACCACACAGAAUACUUUGCACAAUAUGCUCCCAAUUUCAUUGUGGGUGCUGGCCAGGUGGAUGGGGAGAUCAUGGAAACCUUGUGGUCCUCCCUGAAU